AUGCACAAGUGGUUUCGCCUGGUAUCUGUAAAAUCGCCAUUUUCAAUAUAUAGACAUUUUAGUUUUAAUACUAAGUCUUGUUCUCUGGCAAUUGCUUCAUCACCAUUGUCGAUUUCAAGAGAAAAGAAACCAAUACAAAUACCAGUACUGCAAACUAGAUAUUUUACUAUGAGUGAUCUAGAGAAGUUACCACCAGUCGAUCCUAAGACUGGUGAAAUUAUUAUCAACCCCAAGAAGGAGGAUGGUAGUGAAAAGACACCUAAGGAAAUUGAGAAGGAAAAGAAGAAGGCAGAGAAACUAUUGAAAUUUGCAGCUAAACAAGCUAAGCAGAACGAAAAGAAAAAGCAAGCUGGCAAUGAUGGUAACAGUGAAAAGAAGAAGUCAAAGAAGAAGGAAGCUGAACCAAUUCCUGAAUUUGUGGACAAAACUGUUCCAGGUGAAAAGAAGGUUUUACUUUCCUUGGAUGAUCCAUCUUUGAAGGCUUACAAUCCUGCUAAUGUGGAAUCAUCUUGGUACAGUUGGUGGGAAAAAUCUGGAUUCUUCGAACCUGAAUUUACCGCUGAUGGCAAGAUCAAACCAGAGGGAGUUUUCUGCAUUCCUGCCCCACCACCAAACGUCACAGGUGCAUUGCACAUUGGACAUGCCCUAACCAUUUCCAUUCAAGAUUCCUUAAUCAGAUUCAACAGAAUGAAGGGUAAAACCGUUUUGUUCUUACCAGGAUUUGAUCAUGCUGGUAUUGCAACACAAUCUGUUGUUGAAAAACAAGUUUGGAACAAAGAGAAGAAGACCAGACACGACUACGGUAGAGAGGCCUUCGUUGACAAGGUUUGGGAUUGGAAAACUGAAUAUCAUGAAAGAAUUAAGUCUCAAAUUAAGAAAUUAGGUGCUUCUUACGCAUGGUCUAGAGAGGCCUUCACUUUGGAUCCUAAAUUAAGUAAGGCUGUCGUUGAAGCUUUUGUCAGAUUGCAUGAUGAAGGUAUCAUUUAUCGUGAUAACAGAUUAGUCAACUGGUCAGUUAAAUUGAACACUGCAAUUUCCAAUUUAGAAGUCGAAAACAAGGAUGUCAAGGGUAGAACUCUACUGAAUGUACCAAAUUAUGAUGAAAAGGUCGAAUUUGGUGUUUUGACUUCAUUGGCUUAUCCUGUGGUGGAUAGCGACGAAAAAUUGAUCAUCGCUACUACCAGACCUGAAACCCUAUUUGGUGAUACUGGUAUUGCAGUCCAUCCUGAUGAUUCUCGUUACAAACAUUUACACGGUAAGUUUGCUCAACAUCCAUUCUUGGAUAAGAAAAUCCCAAUUGUUUGUGAUAGUGAAGCUGUUGACAUGGAAUUUGGUACUGGUGCUGUCAAGAUUACCCCUGCCCAUGACCAAAACGAUUACAACACCGGUAAGCGUCACAAUUUAGAAUUUGUUAACAUCUUAACCGAUGAUGGUUUACUGAAUGAAAACUGCGGUCCUGAAUGGCAAGGUAUGAAGAGAUUCGACGCUAGAAAGAGAGUUAUCGAACAAUUGAAGGCCAAGGGUCUAUUUGUGGACCAAAAGGAUAAUGAAAUGACUAUUCCAACUUGUUCAAGAUCUGGUGAUAUUAUCGAACCAUUGCUAAAACCACAAUGGUGGGUUUCUCAAUCCGCUAUGGCUAAGGAAGCCAUUAAGGUGGUUAAAGAAGGUAAAAUUACUAUUACUCCAAAAUCAUCUGAAGCUGAAUACUUCCAUUGGUUGGAGAACAUUCAAGAUUGGUGUAUUUCUAGACAACUAUGGUGGGGUCACCGUUGUCCAGUUUACUUCAUCGAAAUUGAAGGUCAAGAAAACUCCAAAAACGAUGACAAGUACUGGGUUUCUGGUAGAGAUAUUGAAGAAGCUGAGAAGAAAGCCAAAGCUAAGUUCCCUGAUGCUAAGUUUUCCUUACAUCAAGAUGAAGAUGUCUUAGACACUUGGUUCUCUUCCGGUUUGUGGCCAUUCUCCACACUAGGUUGGCCUGAAAAGACCGCUGACAUGGAAAAUUUCUACCCAUUCUCCAUGUUGGAAACCGGUUGGGAUAUCUUGUUCUUCUGGGUUAGUAGAAUGAUUCUGUUAGGUAUUAAGAUGACUGGAUCUGUUCCAUUCAAUGAAGUCUUCUGUCACUCUUUGGUUCGUGAUGCUCAAGGUAGAAAGAUGUCUAAGUCCUUGGGUAACGUUGUUGACCCUCUAGAUGUGAUCAACGGUAUUAAAUUGGCUGAUUUACAUGCUAAGCUUUACAACGGUAACUUGGACUCUAGAGAAGUUGAGAGAGCCAAGGCGGGCCAAAGUGAAUCUUAUCCAAAUGGUAUUCCUCAAUGUGGUACCGAUGCUAUGAGAUUUGCUCUUUGUGCUUAUACCACUGGUGGUCGUGAUAUCAACUUGGAUAUCAUGCGUGUUGAAGGUUACAGAAAGUUCUGUAACAAGAUCUACCAAGCCACUAAAUUUGCUCUAAUGAAAUUGGGUCAAGACUACCAACCACCAGCCAAGGAAGGCCUUUCUGGUAAUGAAUCUCUAGUGGAGAAAUGGAUUCUACACAAUUUGUCCUCCACCGCCAAGACCGUCAAUGAAGCAAUGGACAAACGUGAAUUUUUGCCAGCUACUAGUCAAAUUUACGAAUUAUGGUAUUUGAUCUGUGAUGUUUACAUUGAAAACUCCAAGUACUUGAUUCAAGAAGGUACUGAAAAGGAACAGAAAUCUGCUAAGGAUACUUUGUACACUUUAUUGGACAAUGCCUUGAGAUUAAUCCAUCCAUUCAUGCCAUAUAUCUCGGAAGAAAUGUGGCAACGUUUGCCAAGACGUGCUGAAGAUUCUGUCCCAACUUUGGUUAAAGCUGCUUACCCAACUUUUACACCUGAAUACGACAACGUUAAGGCCGCUAAGGAUUACGACUUGGUUUUGGAUAUCACUAAGGGAGCUCGUUCCUUGCUUGCCGAAUACAACAUCUUAAAGAACGGUAAAGUGUUCGUGGAAACUAACCACGAGGAAUCCUACGAAACCGCCGUCUCUCAGAAGGAUUCUAUGGUUUCUUUAAUCAAAGCUAUCGACGAAAUUACUGUCGUUCACAAGGCAUCUGAAAUCCCAGAAGGUUGUGUGUUAGCUUCUGUGAAUCCUGAAGUCAGUGUGCAUUUGUUGGUUAAAGGCCACAUCGAUAUCGAUGCUGAAAUCGAGAAGGUACAAAAGAAAUUGGACAAGGCUACCAAGACUAGACAAGCCAUUGAAACUAGUAUAAGCAGCAAAGAUUACGAGACCAAGGCCAGUGCUCAAGUCAAGGAAGCUAACAAGGCUCGUCUUGACAGUGCCACUGCUGAAAUUGAAGGUUUCGAUGCUACUAUUGAAAACUUGAAGAGAUUAAAACUUUAA